UGUGUUACCAGUUUAGUUCAAUUGGGGUGGACAGCAAAAUGUGAGGGACAGCUGACAAUAUCACCACUGUGUGUUCUUCCUGAGAAGCUACUGAGAACAGGAUGAUGAGGUGAUUUGGGGCAUGACGAAGAAGAGAGAAAGGAACAGUUGGUCAUUAUGAGCAAAAUAGGCAUUAGUCUUCAUUUAUGCUAUACAUUUGGUAAUGCUGCUUCUCAGUUCUACGCAGUUAAGAAGUAGAGAGACAUUCGGGAAGGAUUUCAGGGCACAUUCUACACAUCAACAGAUUAUCUUAUAGAAGUCCCAUUACAAAUGGUCUCAGUAUGCUAAUGAAGUACUUAUGGACCUCUUGAAAAAGGGCAAGGGAGUAACAAGAAGUAACCAAACAAUGAUUAGCUACUCAUUUUUUUCUGGGAUCAUCACUAUCUUCUUCAUGACUGGUUUUGUGGGGAGUGAGCUAAGAAGACUUCCUGGAUUUAGAGUCAAACGUGGCUGGAUCUGGAACCAACUGUCAGUUGAGGAAGAAGAUCCAACUCCAAAAAUAAUUGGUCAGCUAAAAACAACCUACGACACAGAAGACCAUGCCAUCAAGUAUUCCCUGUCUGGAGAGGGAGCAGGAGAGAUCUUUAACAUUGACGAGUUCACUGGUGAAAUCCAUAUUCAUAAGACUUUGGACAGGGAACAGAAAGCAUUCUACAUGCUCCAUGCUGAAGCUGUUGAUCGCAAAAGUGGCCAGCCAUUGGAGCCUGAGUCAGAAUUCAUCAUCAAAGUCCUGGAUAUCAAUGACAAUGCUCCACAGUUCAUAAAUGAACCCUACACAUCCAGUAUUCCUGAAAUGAGUCCAAUAGGGACAACAGUGGUUCAAGUGACAGCCAUAGACACAGAUGACCCCUUGAUUGGAAAUAAUGCCAAACUUAUCUACUCAAUUCUGCAAGGAGAGCCCUAUUUCUCAGUGGAGCCAAAAACGGGAAUAGUAGUGACAUCUUGGCCAAACAUUGACAGAGAAGCAAAUGAGAAUUACCUUGUUGUAAUUCAAGUGAAAGACAUGCUUGGAAAUACUGGAGGCUACAGUGCUACAACAACAGUGACCAUCACCCUUACUGAUGUUAAUGACAAUGGGCCUACUUUUCAACAUAACCUGUACACAUUUGCUGUAGUGGAAUCAACUCCACUUGGCACAACAAUUGGUAGGGUAAUGGCAGAGGAUGCUGAUGUUGGUGUAAAUGCCAGGAUGAAUUAUACUAUUGAUGACCUGGAGGAAAGUGCCACUUUCAGGGUCAAGACCGACCCUGCCACACAGGAAGGUAUAGUGAUACUAGCCAAACCUUUAGAUUAUGAGAAAAAGAGUCGCUUUGUGUUUGCCAUAGAGGCCAUCAAUUCUUUUGUGGACACGCGUUUCCUAAGCAUCAGUGAAUUUCGGGACAGGACAAUGCUCAAAAUUCUGGUGAUGGAUGUAGAUGAGCCACCUGUUUUUUCUGCACCUUUCUAUGAAUGGAAGGUUCUAGAGGAUGCAGCUGUUGGUACAUUGGUUGGCACAGUGUAUGCCAGAGAUGCAGAUGCUACCAAUAACCCUAUCAGGUUUUCUCUAUCCAAUAACAGUAAGUUAAAGAAUGUCUUUAAGAUUGAUACCAACAAUGGAACAGUGGUCCUGAUCAAACCUUUGGACCGAGAGACUGCAGCAUGGCAAAAUCUUACUGUUAUUGCUAAAGAAACAAGUAAAAAUCAGCUGUCCUCAGUUUCUGUGGUCAUCAAAGUACUAGAUGUCAAUGACAACAUACCCACUCUGUCUAAAGAAUACAAGCCCUAUGUGUGUGAGGGCACACAGGCAGGGAAAGUCAUCCAGGUUAUAAGUGCUGUGGAUGCUGACGAUCCCACAGAAGGUCAUCAUUUUUAUUUUUCCAUGGUCCCUGAUAAAACCAUUAACCCCAACUUUACCAUCAGGGACAACCAAGACAACACAGCAGGAAUUUUGACCCGUCGUAGCACGUUUACACGUCGUGAUCAAAUACUAUAUCAUCUCCCUGUAGUAAUAACAGACAGUGGCUCUCCUGCUCUAUCCAGCACUAUCACCUUUACCAUAAGUGUGUGUGUAUGCCAUUCUAGAGUGCACUGUCCAUCUAGCGGAAUUGAAACAUUAACCCUAUCUUUGGGUGUCAACAUGCAGGCCCUUCUAGGCCUUUCUAUAUGCCUCAUUACCAUAAUAGCGCUUUCUUUACUAAUGGUAGCUGUGUGGAGACACAAGACAGUACAACAGCAGAAACUUGACAUCCAAGGACAUGACACAGAAGAGUACUCAGAGAAAAUUUCAUAUUGUGGUGAGAUUGAAGGUAUUCCAAAUGCAGUCAGUGCUGGACAGUUAGUCCCACUGAGACCACACCCACACCACUGUAAGCACACUUUCCAUAGAGAGGAAACAGUAGCAGAUGUACGUUUGUCUCUAUGCCACUUGCACCUUAUUGGUCCAGAGGAUGAAGUCUUCCACCAAUUUAUGAUGGACCGGUUGGCUGAGGCUGACCAAGACCCCUAUGUCCCUCCUUUUGACUGCUUACACACCUAUGCCGUUGAGGGUACUGGAUCACUUGCAGGCUCCCUUAGCUCACUGGAAUCCUCAAACUUUGACCCUUGUUUUAAUCUACCCCAUGACUUUGGCCCAGGGGUUUUAAGACUGUCUUGCUGGCAAGGUCCAAGUAAUUGUGAGACUUCAUUCUGAACUGCGGAGAAAUAAAGCUAAACUCUAUAAGCAAUGACAGAAAUCUAGUGAGCUCACACAGCUCAAUGAAAUCUUUAAGUUUUGAUUCCUGUAAUUCUGGAAACUUUUUAGUUUGAAUCCAGAGAUGAGAUUUUAUGCUUAAUGAAUGCAUACAUUUCUUUAAUUAAGACAUUUGUUGUUGAGUUUUUCCUGAAAGUUUAGAAGGUGAAGAUAAAUACAGAGAAACACAUAUGUAUUCUUUUGCUUUUCAUAAUUUCAAUUUAUUCAGACUGAAGAUUUAGGUGUAACCAGUACAGAUAACAAAGACAAGGAUUUAUUAGGAUUGCUUUUCUUUCUAGGCCAGAUAUGUUUUAUAUAAGCUAUAUUGUGUGAUAAGUAAUUUUUUUUUAAUAAUAUAUACUUUUGUUUAACAAACAAGUCAUUAUUCAGUUUUUCCUGCUUGUUCAACCCUCUCCUCUCUUAGCACUCUAUUCCACAGACCUUUUUGAAAAACAUAACGCUAUUCUCCCGUUUUCCAAAUUUAGUGGGCUCUUAAAUUCCUGAAUACAAUAUUGAACCAUUAAACAUUUAAAAAGCUAAAAUAAUUUUCAAGCAUAAUGAAAUAAAUUACAUUUCUCUCAAUGUUUGAUUUAUUGCAAUUUUGUGUAAUUGAUUCAAGUAUUCAUGUGCCUUUGUGUUUUAUUAUUGUGUGUAUAUAUACCCUAUUGUUUCAGCUAAUUAUCUUCCAUCUGCCUGUUUCUGACUACUCUUUUGCAUAACAGUUAGGAUUUGUAUGCUUGGUACAAUAAACGCUCUUACCUGCA